CCUGUCCGGACCAUUAUCAUCCGGCUGCCAAUCGGCGCGCCUCCGCCAACGCCCCUUAAAGGCGCCGCCGCUGCCCGGGGAGCCCGGCGGACGACUCGCGGUUCCGGCCCCCACCCUCAGUAUGGAGGCCGCCCAGGGGCGGCUCGGGCCGGAGCCGGAGCUUUCGGUCGGAGCUGAGCACCAGGCCGCGACUUUCAGCGGCAGGCCGUCCCGAACGCCCUCGAAGCCGCCCUCAGUCCGGACGCUGUCCGGGGAGGAAGAGGCUGAGAGCGUUGGGGUCGCGAGCCGUCAUCCCCAAGUGUCCCCAAAGACUUGGAGCGGCAGCAUCGCCCAUGGGCCGGAGCUGGACACUUGGGAGGACAAGCCGAGCUCCCGGGCGACGCCGUCAGGGGCCCGGGGACGCCGGGGGGUGCCAGGUUCCGAGCACGCCCCGCCCCCGUCCUCCUGGUACCCAGAGCCCGAGCCCAGCGAGGAUCAGCCCUCCGCUCUGAGGGUCUGCCGUCGAGGGAGCCCCGGAGGCGUCGAGAUGAAUGUGGAGCUGCCGCAGCAAGAGGGUGACGACGACGACGACGAGGACGACGAAGAGGCGGCGGCGGGUAGGGCUGGCCGCUCGUUCCCCAGCCGCCUUCAGGACAGCCGCAGCCUGGACGGGCUGAGUGGGGCGUGCGGUGGAGGGGGGUCUUCAUCCAGUGGCGAGGCCGGCGCGGGCGGAGGACGUCGCGCCACUAUCUCCAGCCCCCUAGAGCUGGAGGGCACGGUGAGCCGCCACGGCGACCUUACUCACUUUGUGGCCAACAACCUACAACUCAAGAUCCGACUGAGUGGCGCCCCACCACCCGUUCCCCCUGCCUCUGUGCGGCCCUGCCUAACGCCCGCACCCACCCCCACCAUCCCUCCCAUCGACCCGGAGGUGCUGAGGGAUCUGGAGCGGCUGAGUCGCGAGCUGGGCGGCCGGGUGGACCGUCUGCUUCGCGGGCUGGGUGGUGCGGUGCAAGAGCUGACAGCGUUGAGCGUGGGCUGUAUCCAGACCUACCGCGACGCGGUGGACUCCUUAGGUGAAGCCGUGGACAUGAGCAUCAAGGGCAUGUACACCUUACUUGCGCGCUGCGAGGAGCUGGAACGGGCUUUGCAACCGGUUCAGGGGCUGGCACGCCAAGUCCGAGAUAUCCGACGCACUCUGGAGGUGUUGGAGGCCCUAUGCAAGUGACCAGGAGCAUAGAGGAGAGACCAUGCGUAACCUGGCCAGACCAGGGUCCAAUAGGACCCUCAGGACUCUUCAAAGAGCCCUGGUGGAAACUGCUUGCUGAGGGGAUGCCUGUGCGUUAGAGGUUCUUCCACAAGCGUUUAGGAGGCCUGUGCCCAUUCUAAGCCUGCGGAGUGUGAAUGGGCUAGUUGUGAGGAUUCUCCUGGUGGGAAGGGAUGUAGCUCUGCUUUUAUUCAGUUGGCCAUCUAUAGCUACCCUGUUCUUCCUGACCCUUCUCCCUAAGCUAGAACGCCGUCCAUGGGAAUACAGGCCCUUAGAUCUCUGCUGGAGGGUGGGGCAGACACGGAAUGUGUGAUCAGAGAGACCUCAGCCCCGCUGCGACUAUCCGGAUCCCAAUGGUCACACACCUCAAGUGCCAGGGGCUUUAGGAACUUGAGCGGUCCUUGCCCACACACCAUGCGAGGGCGAGGGCGCAACAUCUGCAUAACCUCCUGCUUCUUUCCUCUGGUCCCCUAAAAUGCCACGGGGUGGAGGAGCACAUUUCAUGAUGGAGGGAGAGCGGUGGGGGGCGCGGGGGAGUGUCUCACUGCUCUCAGGGUUCAGGUCGAAUUGUUACUGGUUUUGAAGCCCACCUGUUGUGGAGUAUUCUAAUUAAUUUUGGCUUUCUGAGUUUUUGUGGAAUUAAAGUGCUGCUGCUGCUAA